AUGUCGCUGGUCGUCGCCUACGACAGUACGACUACGACCCCUCCUUCGACGAGGAAGACGCCGGCGAACCUCCCGCCGCCGCGGCGCCACAGCCUGCCCCCAUCGGUCCGGCCGAUGCCUCCGUAUCCUCCGACGGCGGUGGGCACCGGUCCUCGGCCUACGCUGCCGCCGGCGCCGGCGCCGGCAGCCAGCCAGAGUGUAGCACCGAUUAAUUCGAGCAAUGUCUCUCUGCCCACACCAUCAUUAGACCUCCCAGAUGUUGCAGAUCUCUUUGCUUGCCCUGCAGACAAUGCAUCAAAGAAGAGAGAAUCAAACGAGUCUGCUCUUCAUGACUCGCGCAGUAAAAUUCCACGGAUGCAAUCACUACCCCGAGACAUGAGAAGUUCUGCAGGGAAGGCUCCGGCGGGGGUGCAAAGGGCUCCGGAGGUUGCAGGGGAUGCUCUGCGAAGUGGCAGUGCAGGCGAUGGAGCUUCUCGCAAACGGGAUGAUGAAGAAGUCGCAGCACUUUUAUUUACGACGAGGAAGGCUGCCGAGGAACUCAUGGAUGGUUUAGACCUGAAAGAGCUUCUAAAGCUCAUGCGUAAGAGAGCCUACGAGAGCUGUAUUAGUGCAAAUUGUAUGAAAGAGAAGGUGCAGAGCACCUUGACCCUUCAGGAGGGGACUCUCGCGAACCUUCGCGAGCAAGUUUCAACGCUUUGGUCUGAGAAGGCUGCACUUGAGAAGCGGAACCAAGAGUUGUUGUCUGAUCGUGAGGCUUCGCUUUCCGAGAGAGGUGCUCAGGCGAGGUCAGCUGAUGCCAAGAAGCUAGCUGAUAUGGAGCAGAGGUUAAAAACUUCUGUAUCCGCGAAAGAGGUUCUUGAAAGCAAGCUGGAAAAGCAAAAUAAUGUGGUGGAUGGCCUCUGGGAGCGGGUAGCGAAGGAAUGGUCAUUAGCUAUGGACCUGAAAAGGAAUGUUGAUGACUUGAAUGAGAAGAUGCAAGCUAUUGAGAAUUUAGGCCAGGAGGCGGCCGGUUUAUACAUCAAGAUGAUAGAAUCGUUUGGUGGUGUUAUAGAGGGCAUUCCUGCUGAGGCUUCGGCUAGUGACAUAUUUUCCUGGAUGUCAGACAAGUUUGCCACACUCUCGGAUUUUGUUUCGAAGGUUGGUGAUUUUGCUGCUUUAUCUGGAGUUAGAAACUUGCUUAUGGAGGAGGCUCUGGGCUGUAACUACCUGGAAGAGUUUGGAAGAAAGGGUUACAAGUUUUCUUCGCGGGGUGAGCUUGGCGAGCCUUCGAAGUUGGUGAAAUUGGUUCCCAUUUUGGAGCCUGCGCUGGAUGUUGUUCCGCUGACAAUGAUGCGCGAUGGUCUCAAUGUUGAAUGGGAAUUGUGUGAUCUUUGGUAG